AUUUAAAAGUGACCUGUCAGCAGAUCAGUCACAUGAUUGGGUAUAAACAGAGUUCCUCAGAGCUUUACCAACCUGCAAAAAACUGCAUCUCCACACUGAAUCAUGUUCCUCACUGUUGACAUCUUAUCAACUGACAAUAUGGCAUCACGCCGCAUCCUCAGACCGAAGAGGAGAGCGCUCAGGUCAAAGACUCUGUAAUGGUUUCUGCAGCCACCAUUCUCCAUCAGACCAGACCAGACCUGCACCGCCCUCCCCUCUCUGACACAAGUGUGUUCUUGGGUGUACCUGUGACCUUUAUGCUCGGUGAUGUGGUUUCUCUCGGUUAUCUGUGUGAUGUGGUCACGUUCAGGUUUGGGAAUUCCGGUUCAGCCCCUCUCUGUGCCCUUCGCAGACUCAGUCCUCCGGCCCGGCAGGUGGCGGUAGUUCACCUGUCGGCUGGCAGCAGCCGCAGUAGAAGAAGACGUUGCUGCUAGACAGUCCGCCAUUUGCUGACCCUCGGAUCCUCCGGUAGUUUCUUCUUCCCCACAAAUCUGCAACAGCUACACCUUCACCUGAAGCGGUACCUGCGCGCGCGGCACAGCGGCGGUGAUGGCGGCCGACCGGCGCGAGGACAAAGAUGGAGAGCUGAACGUUCUGGAAGAUUUACUGACUGAAGCUCCCGAUCAAGAUGACGAGCUGUACAACCCUGAGACAGAGCGUGACAUCAGUGACAAGAAAGGUACAAAGAGGAAGAGCGAGCGUUCUGACAGCCAGGAUCUAAAGAGGCUCCGCUCCUCGUCAGGCCACGGUACUUCUAGGUCAUCAUCCUCCAAUAAGAGAGCUCCAGGGCCAUCUCUGUCCUCCUCUAAAAAGGCGUCGAGCCCUCGCGGCCGGCACUCCACCACUUACCGUCAUGAGUAUUAUGAUGAACGAAAGGGGAGACGUGGGGCCCGAGAGGUGACGAGGAGCCGUGGAGGAGAGGACGCAAGACGGCGAGAGUCCCAGAGAGGCCUGGAGGGUCUGAGUCAGUUACGCCGUGAUGAGCGGCGAGCAAGUCCCUCCCCCCAUGAGGAGGAGAACCAAUCAGAGGAUGAGACAGGAGCAGAAUACGGCUCAGAACAGGCAUCAGGCAGCUCCUCCCCCGCUGCUUCCCACGUAGAGGAGGAAGAGGAAGAUGACCAGGAGGAAGAGGAGGAAGAGGAGGAAGAAGGUAUGGAGGAGGAAGAGGAGGAGGAGGAGGAGGAAGAAGAAGGAGAGAAGGAGGAGGAGGACGAGGAGGAAGAAGAAGAGUACGACCGUCGUGGUGGCGAGGGCAAUGACUAUGACACACGUAGCGAGGCUGGUGAUUCACGCUCCGCCUCAUCUGUCAGCUUCUCUGAUGAUGGCGAGUCAGCACACUCAGGCUCCGCCUCCGAGGCCUCAGGUUCAGAAAAGAAGCGGGAGAAGCUGUCGUCGUCGGUCCGUGCAGUUCGUAAAGGCAUGGAGACUACUUCCUGUGUUGUUGUAGAUCCAACAAGCAAGCUGCGUUAUAUCCUGAGAGAUGCCCGAUUUUUCCUCAUUAAGAGCAACAACCACGAAAAUGUGUCGCUGGCCAAAGCUAAGGGUGUUUGGUCGACACUGCCGGUGAACGAGAAGAAGCUCAAUGCUGCCUUCCGCUCAGCUAGGAGCGUCGUUCUCAUCUUCUCUGUGAGGGAAAGUGGAAAAUUCCAAGGUUUCGCUCGUUUAGCGUCAGAGUCUCAUCAUGGUGGCUCUCCGAUCCACUGGGUGCUCCCUGCUGGAAUGAAUGCCAAGAUGCUGGGAGGAGUCUUUAAGAUUGACUGGCUCUGCAGGAGGGAGCUUCCUUUCAUUAAGACCGCCCACCUCUCCAACCCCUGGAACGAACACAAGCCAGUGAAAAUUGGACGUGACGGCCAGGAGAUCCAGCCGGACAUUGGUGCUCAGCUCUGUGCCCUGUUUCCAUUGGAUGAGAGCGUGGACAUUCACCAGGUGGCUCGCCGCAUUCGUCACAAACGUCGCACACCAUCGGAGCCGCGGCCUCGGGGCCGACCACCACAACGUGAACCGGGAAGGCGUCGACCUGAAGAGUAUGACCUCCACGGCAGGAAGCGACCGCGACCUGACGGUCCACCAGACUUCAGCCAGCGAGCAGGGUUCAUCCAGGACCUGAGGAGCCAGCCAGUGGACAGGCGGUUUUCUGGUGUGAGACGAGACGUGUUUCUUAAUGGGUCCUAUAACGAGUAUAUGAGGGAUUACCACCAUAGUGUCGGCCCCCCAGCGCCCUGGCAGACUCUGGCGGGCUAUCCCGGCGUGGAGCAGCCACCCCCACACCAUCCACCCUACUACCACCACAGCCACCCACCGCCUCCUCCUCACCAGGCCUACCACCAUCAUCACCACCCACCCCUCCCACCACACGAGGCCCCGCCCCCUCGCUUCAGAGAUAAGCAGCGAGCACCGCAGCACCGCGCCUUCACAUCCAGCCCACACGACUACGACAUGCGAGUGGACGACUUCCUGCGGCGGACACAGGCAGUGGUGAGCAGCCGGCGGGAGCGAGAGCGUCAGCGUGAGCGUGAGCGAGGUGGCCCACGCCGUGACAGAGAGCGAGAGCGAGUGAGGGAUAGAGACAGAGAAAGAGAAAGGGACAAGGAGAGGGGGCGGUACCGCAGGUGAUCUGAUGACAUCACAUCCUGUCAGCCUGCACUGCUUUUUUUUUUGUUUGUUUUGUUUUUUGGCAGCCCGCACUGUUUUUGACUGGUUUGCUGUUUUUGUUGAAAAUUAUGAAUUAAAAAAAAAAACUGAGUGAAGACAUCAUCAGUUUUAUGUGAAUAAAGUGAAAACUUGUACAAAGAAAUAUUUGGUCAAAACUUUUAUUUUGGCAGCCUGUGUGUGACUCCUGGUGCAGUGCCAGACUUCCCAGAAUCCUCUGUGUUCUUCGUUUUUUUUGUUUUGUUUUUUGUAAUGUUUUGAGAGUCCAACAUGAGGGUGGAAGCCAUCUAGACCCAGUACUCAGAUCUAAGGUGUCAUAAGAUAAUGGAUAGCAACCUUUUAUUAUGAACAUGUUUCUGUAACGAUUUCUCAUUUUAUUCUGAAAAGCAGUGCAGUGUUUCCUGUUAAAGCUUUCAAAUUAAAUGUUUUUAAGUAUGAAACUCA